AUGUUUGGGAAGAGAAUCCUGAGUGGAAACAGCAGCUCUGCAGUGGUCCUGGCCCUGUGUGGCUCACAGAAAGUCCAGACUCCUUUUGCUGGUCUCAAACACGGCAGCAGAGAUCUCGCUGACUCACUGGAGAGAGAUGAGCAGCACAAUGAAUCCAUUAAAAGAGCCCAGCAGGAACUGAAAACUCAUCUGAAGAAGAGGUUUGAAUACAUAUUUGAAGGUUUAGCAGUGCAGGGCCACACAACUCUCCUCAAUGAGAUCUAUACAGAGCUCUACAUCACAGAGGGGGGAAGUGGGGGGGUCAAUAAUGAGCACGAGGUCAGACAGAUUGAGACAGCAUCCAAGAGACAAACCACCCAGGAGACUCCAAUCCUCUGCAAUGACAUCUUUAAGCCUUUACCUGGACAAGAGAAACGCAUCAGAACUGUGCUUACAAAGGGCAUCGCUGGCAUUGGGAAAACCGUCUCUGUGCAGAAGUUCAUUCUGGACUGGGCUGAAGGAAAAGCCAAUCAGGACAUUGAUUUCAUCUUCACUCUUCCUUUCCGAGAUCUGAAUCUGAAGAAGGAAGGAGCAUUCAGUCUGAUGCAACUUCUGCAGCACUACUUUCCACAACUGAAAGAGAUCAAAAGUGUUGAAGGUGAUGAAGUCAAAGUUGUGUUUAUCUUUGAUGGUCUGGAUGAGUGUCGACUUCCUCUACAUUUCCAAAGCAAUGAGAUCUGCUGUGAUAUAACAGAGUCAUCAUCAGUGGAUGUGCUGCUGACCAACCUCAUUAAGGGGAAUCUGCUUCCCUCUGCUCUCCUCUGGAUCACCUCCCGACCUGCAGCAGCCAAUCAGAUCCCUCCUGAGUGUAUCCACCAGGUGACAGAGGUACGAGGGUUCAAUGACCCACAGAAGGAGGAGUACUUCAGAAAGAGAAUCAGAGAUCAGAACCAGGCCACCAGAAUCAUCUCACACAUCCAGUCAUCCAGGAGUCUCUACAUCAUGUGUCACAUACCAGUCUUCUGCUGGAUUUCUGCUACUGUUCUGGAGACAAUGUUGGGUAAAGUAAAGAGAAUAGAUCUGCCCAAAACACUGACUGAAAUGUACACACACUUCCUGCUCAUUCAGACUAAUGUGAAGAAUCUGAAGUAUCGUGGCUCAGAAGAAACAAACCCAAAGAUGUCUGCAUCAGAUACAGAAAUCAUCCUGAAACUGGGGCAGCUGGCUUUUGUACAGCUGGAAAAGGGCAAUCUGAUAUUCUAUGAAGAGGACCUGAGAGACAGUGGCAUUGAUGUCAGUGAAGCUUCAGUGUACUCUGGGGUGUGCACAGAGAUCUUUAAAAAGGAGCGUGGGUUGGGUCAGGAGAAGGUCUACUGCUUUGUGCAUCUGAGCAUUCAGGAGUAUCUGGCCGCCUUGUUUGUGUUUCAUUCAUGUGUAAAUGAGAAGAGAAAUGUGCUCAGAGCAGAACCGCACAGUGGAAGAGUGCAGCUGUCUGAGUUGCAUGAGACUGCAGUGGAUCAGGCCUUACGGAGUGAGAAUGGACACCUGGACCUUUUCCUCCGAUUCCUUCUGGGCCUCUCUCUGGACUCCAUUCAGCCUCUCUUAGGAGGACUACUGACCCAGACAGGAAGAAGAUCUGAUGGAGGACGAUGGAAAACAAAACUCUUUCAGAGACUACUGACACAGACAGAAAGCAGAUCAGGGAGCAUCAAGAAAACAGUCCGGUACAUUAAGGAGAAGAUCACAUCCGAAUCUUUAGCAGAGAGGACCAUCAAUCUGUUCCACUGUCUGAAUGAACUGAAUGACAACUCUGCAGUGAAGGAAAUCCAGAAUUCCCUGAGAUCAGGAAAACUUUCUGAUAAAGAGCUGGAACCCCACCAAUGUUCAGCUCUGGCCUUUGUGUUACUGAUGUCAGAGGAGAUGCUGGAUGAGUUUGACUUGAAGACCUACAACACAUCAGAAGCAGGUCGUCACAGACUGAUACCAGUAGUCAGGAACUGCAGGAAGGCCAUACUGAACAGUUGUAACCUAAGUGAGGAGUCAUGUGAAAUUGUGGUCUCAGCUCUCCAGUCAUCAAACUCACCCCUGAGAGAUCUGGACCUCAGCUACAAUAACCUGGGAGAUGCAGAAGUGAAGCUGCUCUGUGCUGGACUGAUGAGUCCAAACUGUAAACUACAGAGACUGGGACUGCACAGCUGUGACCUAAGUGAGGAGUCAUGUGAAAUUGUGGCCUCAGCUCUCCAGUCAUCAAACUCAACCCUGAGAGAUCUGGACCUCAGCAGCAAUAACCUGGGAGAUGCAGGAGUGAAGCUGCUCUGUGCUGGACUGAUGAGUCCAAACUGUAAACUACAGAGACUGGACCUCAGCAGCAAUAACCUGGGAGAUGCAGGAGGGGAGCUGCUCUGUGCUGGACUGAUGAGUCCAAACUGUAAACUACUGAGUCUGGACCUCAGCUACAAUAACCUGGGAGAUGCAGGAGUGAAGCUGCUCUGUGCUGGACUGAUGAGUCAAAACUGUAAACUACAGAGACUGGGGCUGGGUUGGUGUAAUCUCACAGAGGGCUGCUGUGAUGUUCUGGCCUCAGUCUUGCGUUCUCCUCACUCAGAGCUGAGUGAUCUGGAGCUGAGAGACAAUGAGCUGCAGGAUUCAGGAGUGAGAGCGCUCUCUGCUGGACUGGAGGACCCACACUGUAAACUGCAGAGACUGGGGCUGUCAGGCUGUAGAGUCACACAGAGAGGCUGUGAUUCUCUGGCUUCAGCUCUGUGUUCAAACCCCUCACACCUGAGAGAGCUGGACCUGAGAUACAAUCACCCAGGAGUCUCAGGAGUGAGAGUGCUGUCUGCUGCUGAACUGGACACACUCACACUGCUUGUGGAACAUGGAGGAGAGAACAGGAUCAAACCAGGACCCAGGAAAUACGGCUGUCGGCUCACACUGGAUCCAAACACAGCACACAGAAAGCUGUCUCUGUCUGAGGGGAACAGGAAGGUGACACGCACACCGAGGAGAGAGGAGCCAUGUCCUGAUCAUCCAGAGAGAUUUGAGUCUGAGCCCCAGAUUCUGUGCAGAGAGAGUGUGUGUGAGCGCUGUUACUGGGAGGCUGAGUGGAGUGUGUCUGAGAGGGGAUGGGUUCAUAUAGCAGUGACAUAUAAAGGAAUCAGCAGGAAAGGAGGGGGUGAGGACUGUGGGUUUGGAUGGAAUAAAAACUCCUGGAGUCUGGAGUGUGAUGAACACAGUUACUCUGUACUUCACAAUAAUAACCGCACACCCCUACCUGCCCCCCCCUCCCCCUACCACAGAGCAGGAGUGUGUGAUGAUGGUGCUGGUGCAGGAGUGUGUGUGUACAGGGUAGGAGUGUGUGUGGACCGUCCGGCUGGCACUCUGUCCUUCUACAGCAUCUCUGACUCUGACACACUGACCCUCCUGCACACACUCCACACACACUUCACUCAACACACACCCCUCUGUGCUGGGUUUGGAGUGUGGUGGGGGGGCUCAGUGUCCCUCUGCCAACUGGAGUAGAGACACACACACCCCUCCACCCCACACACACACACAUACGCCCCACCCCCACACACACACACCCCCACACACACAUACCCCUCCACCCCACACACACACACACACACACACACACACAAACACACACCCUUCUACCCCACACAUACAGACACACACUCACACAUUUAUUUUUGUAUAUUUUAAUAAAAUCAUAUUGUAUAUAGUCAGGGUGUGUUUAUAUACAUUUGGUGAUUAAAACAUCAGUAUAACAUUCAGAGUGUGAUUAUGGUGAAAGAUGGUAAAAGGCUUUUGAGGUAAUAAUUCUCCUGUACCUGCAUCUUUGUAUAAAAGUUCACUGCAUUUUACUUGUUUUUCCAGUUGAUUUGAUUCAUUUUCACAAGAGUUCCAGUGUGCAAAGUUGUGUGGGUGAAUGCAGCUCAAAGGGAGAAUGCAGAAUGAUCACUGCAGUGUACUUAUUUCCUUUCAUUCCUGUGAACAGUCAUGUAUUGAGUUUCCUUAUUUACUGUGUCAUGAUUGCUUUGUUUGAACCUGU